CUCACAGAGCCAACCUUCCUCUGAGAGAGCACAACAAACCUGAUCAAACAUGCCACACCCCUUCCGGGACAUUUUAAUUACACGAGUUUGUAAAGUUCAUAAAUAACACACAUCCUGGUAUUUCUCUCACAUUUAUUUUCACCAAUAAUCUAUAAUCUGUGUCUUAAUAACCAAAACGUCAUCAGAAUGAAAUGUAAUAUACAGUAUGUGUCUUUUAUUGUGAAAGCCGGAAGUGAAGUACGAGCGUCAUCUGGAGGUGCGGCAGGUACAUUUAAGUCUUCACAUACCAGACACACACGUUGACAACAUGCUAAUGAACGCCGGGGAGUGAAAUAAGAACGUUUUUUGACGACUGGAAGUUUUGUUUCAGUAUUUUUGAGGAAGGUGGUCAUUUUGAAAGUCGAGGUCUUCCAGCAGGGCUGAGAGUGGAAAGGAAAAACUCAAGAGUCGUUUCUCACUCCAAAGCAUCGACUCAUAGAGGCGGCUCUUUGCCAGUGGCGUCACUCAUAGAUUGAAUCAGGUCAGAAUGUCGGAGCCUGCAGAGCUGCUGCUGAUCAAAGACCAGUACGAACUGGCCUUCCACUGUCUAAGCCGUGGCCUGUCCCUGGAGGAGGGUGGCGACCAGGCCAAGGCUGAGGAGUACUACCGGAAAGGUCAACAGCACCUCAUACAGGGGCUGGGGAUACCCACCGGGGGUCCACGUCAGAAGGGGCCUGUGUGGGACCGAGCCAGAGAGCUGCAGCAGAGGAUGAAGGGCACACUGGAGACCGUCGGCAAGCACAUCUCUGACCUCGAUGCCUCGCUCACUCCCCCUCCUGGCCAGAGGCAGCGACUGCUCAUGGAGCUGACCCCCAGCCUUUAUCCACUGCUGCCCGCCCACAGCCCCCUCCAGCACCUGUACCCGUCUAUACCUCCUGCCUCUCAGGGACCUGCCGCUGCUGCUCCUGCUGCCGUCGCCGACCCAAACACACUCCCGCCGCUCCCGGCGAGGAGAACACAACCCACCAUGUCUGACCCCCAAGCUCAGCCUCCGGCGUACACCCCUCAACCCGCAGACGGCCACCACAGCCUAGCACACACUCCAGCGCCAGGGGAGUGGAGCGGAACCGAACUAGAGAAGAGAAACGAGCUGCUGUUGAUCCCCGCGGGGGUGCAGAUGUUCUUUGUGGCCCCCAGUGGGCAGGUGAGCGCUCUCUCUCACCCCGGAUACCUCCGCAUUGUCACGUUUGAACCCCAGCACCAGGAUCCACCCGAUGGACGGGGGCCUUUCUUUCUGGAUGUGUGCGGCUGGUUGUACUCACUCAGCCCGCAUAUGCCGGUGCUGCUGGCCACCUCCGAGAUCUUCAUGUUCCCGGACACUUUGGCACCUGUGCCAGGCGCCUUCGUCGGCAUCGUGCUGUCAUCACAGCUUCCCGCUGCUGACCGGGAGGUGUUUGAGGACCUCAUGAAGCAGCUGACAGACUUCAGGGUGCAGAGUCCAGACGGUGUGGGGUCAGGGGUCAUCAGCCUGAGUGAAACGAUACCCCUCGGCCCCCAGGUGGUGUUGCCGGGGAAGGACAAAGCACCACUUCCUACUUGGAGUGAGAAGAUGGGCGAGGGAAUCUUGUCAGGGGCAUCUCGUUUGGGUCACGGCUUGGUCAGAGGGGCAGAGGCCACCACUAGGGCCAUUAACAAGGGGGCACUGAAAAUCCGGGACCGCCUCACGCCAGAGGACACCCCCUCCGAGGUCAGCCCGCACGUCUCCAGAAGCUUGCAGGUGGCCAAACAGGCCACAGACGGCGCCGUCCGCGUCAGCAAUUUCUUGGUAAACGGAGUGAGCACGGUGGCGGAACACAUAGCAGAGAAGAUGGCCCCUCACAUGAAGAAACACAGUGCCAAGUUGAUUCCAGAGUCCAUGAAGGGCAAAGAGGGGGAACCUUCUAACCUGGAGGGAGCCAAGUUUGUGGCGCUCAGCAGCCUUCAAGGUUUCUCUGCCGUGUGGACCAGUUUGGAGACGGGAGCAAAGCUCAUCGGCAAAAGUGUCACAUCGGAGACAGUGCAGACGGUGACGUACAAGUACGGUGAUGAUGCAGGCCAAGCCACAGACACGGCUCUACAUUCGGUGACCAACGUCGCCGUGACGGCGCACAACAUCGACAAUUUGGGCAUCAAAGCCAUCAUGAAGACGACGGGCAAGGAGGCGGCCAAGGCCAUGUUCAAAAGGUCGGACGGAAAGAAUGCAGACGGCCGGCAGGAGACGGCCACACCUGAACAGGAAGUAGCCAAGGACACAGCCGAUAAAGAUGUGAAGAAGAAGACGGUGGAAGAGGGCAAAAAAUAGUCUUGCCUCUAACCCUCUUAACCUUUUUCUGACUUUUAUGAAGAAGGAAAUAAUCGAAGUUGAGGUAGAAUACUACUAUUGUCUGAUUUUGUCUUUCAUGAUGAUCCUCCCUUUUACACAACAUAAUUAUUUUAAAAAAAUCACUAGGCACAGUAGAGGCAGUACACAUGUUUAAUCUCAAGUGGGGAUCUCCAGCUGUCCUCUCUAGUCAAGCUAC